GCCAUCGGUAUGAGCAUGUUGUGACUUGUGUAUGUAUGUAUGUGUGUGUGUGUAUGUGUGUGAUAGUCUGUUGGCGAGCCGACUAGUUAACGUGUACGACGAUGGAGACAAUCGAGGAACCGUCCCCCCUCCGGAUCAGCCCGACAGUGCGUGCACUGAGCCUGGCGCUCCGGGCAAAGCGGGGGAGCGUCCCCGGUGCCGCGGACAGGACCUCCGGCGAACCGGAGAAGCUUUGGUUCAAGGAGAGCAGCGCUAAAAACCUCCGAAACAGGGAUUUUCUGUCGCCGACUACCAUGCUCAACACGCUCUAUGCGGACGGCCAGGUCCCUUCAAUGGUGAUGUCGAGGGUCCUCUCCCUCUGUGGGAGUGGUGUUCUCCCUGUUGCUGAUGGAGAGGUGAUGGGUGAAGGGUUGAGGGUGAGGGUUGACCGGACUGCAUGCUUUAGGGCUGUCCUAGCAGUUGGAGCUUCAGAUUACAUGAAGCCUUCGUGUCAGAGGCAGGGCUGCGUGGUGCUCAACUGCCCUGCACUGCACCCUAAACCCAAUGUACCUACUCCUGGUAUGCUGACUCUGGGCCAGUUAAGGACAGUUCUGCUGGCUGACCACAUGGGGGCAAUGCUUAGACAACAGGGAUUCACUGUGUCCUACUGCCCCAUUCUUCCUGAGGACAGUGAUAUCACCACCUUCCUCCAAACCCUGGGCAUCGAUUGGCCAACUGUACCUGUCAGCUGGACCAAUGAGGAGAGGGAGGAGAAGAUCCAGAAAGCACUGGAGAAUUCCUCGUAUAGAGAGAGGGAGACCGAAAGAGACAGUAGACCCAGUGGAGGAGGGAGGAAGGCGGAGGACGGAGAGAACGAAGGAGCACUCAGGGUAAACCUAAAACGAGUGUUCCAGGAGGAGGGGUUGCCUGGAUAUGACCCCAGUCUCGGCACCUUCACAGUGCACAGAGACAGUCUUUCCCACUUGGCGCAACUGGACCUAGCCACAGCUGACUGCCCGGUAUCCACGGCAACGGCAUUACACGUGACUUCCUGCCAGGAUGAGUUCCGCCAGCAGCAGAUAGCCAUGCUGUGGAGAGCCGGCGGAGCGACACACACACAGAGACAUGUGGUAUGUGGGCCUGUGAAGACUCCUGGUUCUCACCUCACCGCUUCCCAGUUUCUACAGCUGAGGAGAGGUCAGAUGAAGGAGGCCUCAGAGAUGAAGUAUGGAGAUCAAGUAGAAGGUCAAACAUGGGAUGACAUCAUCAGGGUCAUGACCUCUGCAACUGUCAGAUUUGAGCUGCUGUCAACAGUUCAUACCAGUCCUGUCACAUUGGAUGUCCAGAGAGAAGGGAGCGUUUCCACCAAGGGACCAAGGGGAGGGGUGUUUGUGAUGUAUAACUGCGCACGGUUGCACACGCUGUUCGACAGCUAUGAGAGAGGCGUGGAAAAGGGACUGUACCCGGAAAUCCCUGAAGGUUCCCAGCUAGACUUCUCAGCGCUUAAAGAAGAGGGUGAGUGGCUUCUCUUGUUCAACUACCUCAUUCCAUUCUCUGAGCUGCUGGACCAAUCAGGACAAGCUUUGGAUUGUGAAGGGGGAGGAGCCAGAGUUAACAUGAAGACUGAACAGGUUUGUAAGUUCCUGGUGUCUCUCAGUAAAGACUUCAGUUCUUACUACAACAGAGUCCACAUACUGGGGGAGCCAUUGCCACAUCUUUUCAACCAGAUGUUUUGCCGUCUCUAUCUGUUGAGAGCAUUGAGGGAGCUUUACCACAGCGCCCUGGACACCCUGAACCUUCCCCCUAUCAGGCAACUAUAGUGCCAACAUGCUACACUCCUCACCUAAUCACUAUUUGGCUGUCAUGACCUCCCAUACAUACCUCUAACUUCUCUCCUAUUUGACUGUAGUCUACAAAAAACAAUUUAUCCAUCCCUUAUUUGGAAUUGUGAGUGCCCUAAGGUGAUCAUAAUAGGUCUGAUUAGACAACUAGA